CGUUCGAACAAGGAAGGCAUUGAAAGUUUCUUGUUCAAACAGGCUCAAAUAUGGUGGACUGCCAUUGGCAGGUAGUAGUUUUGCAGUUUCACGUUAAUUACAGCUUUAGAAAUUUUAGGAAACCAACGAACGAACAAUAUGAAUCGUAACACAUUUUUUCGACGGAAUGUAUGUAUAGUAGAAAUAAGAGAGUCGAGACGAUCGAAGUUUCGUCGGAUUGAUUUGUUGAACGGAUUCAACUGGAUUGAAUAAAAGUAAGAGAAAUGGAUGGAACAAGAGCGGCCGAGGUUCUACCUUUACUUCAAGAUCGUUUGGCUAUACUUCCCGGUGGCCGAGAUCGCAGAGGUGGACCCGUACUCGUUUUUCCAACUACUCCGAGACGCGAACGUACGAAACCCGAGGACUAUCGUCGUCUUUUGCAAUAUCUCUUAACCGUACCUGGCGACGAAGCUAGGGGUUUGCGUUUCACCGUGAUAGUGGAUAUGCGCGGUGCUACCUGGGAUUCCGUCAAACCCAUUCUAAAGGUGUUGCACGAGCAUUUUCAUCGAUCUGUCCAUGUGGCUUUCAUUAUAAAACCUGAAAACUUUUGGCAGAAACAACGAACGUCGUUAGCUAAGCAAAAGAAAUAUAAUUUUGAGAUAAAUACCAUCAGUUUGGAGGCUUUGACGAAAGUGAUCGAUCCGUCGCAGCUAACUGCGGAUUUAGAUGGAUCUUUACAAUACGAUCAUGCUCAAUGGAUCGAUACGAGACUAGCUGUAGAAGAUUUUACGUGGCAAGCGGGUGAGCUUCUAGACAGAUUGGACGAUUUGCAGGAGGAUCUGAGUCGAAACGAUUUUGCGGAUGACGCAUCCGGUGCGAAACACGGGAUCGAUUUACAUAAUGAAAUGAAGAAGAAAAUUAUGAAAGUUCCGGUCGAAGAGAUCCAAGUUAUCGGUCAACGAUUAUUACAACGUUUCAACAAUGGUAUUAGCGGUACUGGUAGCGAAGGAGGUAGCAUAGAAAGUGGUGCUGCAGGUGGUACCGAUCCGGAUGGACGAGCGUUAGCAGCCUUGGUAAUUCAGCACUUGGAUUCUCUACACGCUGCUCAACAACAUCUUUUGCAGUUGUGGCAUAUUAAGAAAAUGAAAUUGGAUCAGUGUUUCCAACUGAGACUGUUCGAGCAGGAUUGUGAAAAGAUGUUCGAUUGGAUUUGUCACAAUAGAGAAGGAUUUUUGGCGAAUUACGUCGAGAUCGGUCGAUCGUAUCAGCUAGCAAAAAGUUUGCAAGAAGAACAUAAACAUUUCACGAUGAGCUCGAUGAACGUUUAUGUAAAUAUAAAUCAAAUUUUGACGGCCAGCCGUUUACUUGAAACUCAGCACUACGCUGCUGGACACGUAAGAGCUGUGGCCAGUCGGCUGGAUCGAGCUUGGAAAGAAUUUGCCGCAGGACUCGACGAACGUACAGCGGUACUCGGUUUGAGCGUUGUAUUUCAUCAUAAGGCGGAACAAUACGUCGAUAACGUUGCGGGAUGGAGUCAAGCUUGUGAUGUUGGAAAUUUGCCUAAUGAAAUUCCAAUCUUAGAAUCGCAUAUACGACAGCACCAAAGUCUUUACGAAGCUAUGUGUCAAGCUUAUACGGAGGUUUAUGACGCGUAUCAAGCACUUUUGAGUGGUCUAGGCUCGAUGCUGCAAGUUUGUCACAGCUUCGGAUCGACGCACGGUACAGACUCGGAUACGUUUCGCAUCGAUGAUUAUGUGCAUAGUACCAGUAAGAAGCUUCUUUAUCAACUGGAUCACCUGGUGCAAGUCUGUAAUCAACCGCAAGGGAUAGACCAUACAACCAGAAAACAUAGUCAAGAUGGACACGGCGGAAUCGAUGGACAUACCGGCAUGAGCGGAAAUCCAGCGGCGGAUUAUAGCGAGGGUGCGUCGCACGUGUUGGCAGUGAUCCAUCAAAUUUUGGGUCAUCACAGAGCGUUGGAAGCUCGUUGGCAUGCCCGGAAAGUGAAAUUACAUCAACGACUUGCAUUAAGAUUGUUUCAAGAGGAUGUGAAGCAAGUUUUAGAUUGGUUAACCAACCACGGUGAAGUUUUCAUUCGUAAGAAUACGGGUGUAGGUCGUAAUCUUCAAAAAGCACGAGUAUAUCAGAAAAGUCACGAACAUUUUGAAAACGUUGCACAGAAUACUUAUACGAACGCCACCAAACUACUUACCGCUGCUCAAGAGUUAGCUCACACUGGGGAAUGCGCGGCCGACGAAAUAUAUGCAGUUGCACAAGAAUUGGAAGCUCACGUCAGUAGUUUUGCGGCAAGAGUCGAACAACGACGUCGAAGAUUAGAUUUGGCAGUUGUUUUUUAUACGCAUGAAAAAGAGUUGAGCGGUUGGGUAGACGAGUUACGACAAGAAUUGCAACAGGAUGAAGUUGCAGAAAAUUUGGAAACAGCGGAAAGAUUGUUGGAACAGUGCGCGCAACAUCGAGCCUCCUGUUUGGAAGCUUGUGCGUCGACUAUCGUUCAAGGCGAAGCGUUGCUGCGAGAACUGAGAGAAUCUACCGAUGCUCCCGAUACCACUGGUUCUAUCGCAGCGGUAGAAGCUGCGCUCGAUAGGUUAGCUGGUUUGAGGCAGGAGUUGGAAGAAUUAUGGGCUACCCGAAAACUGAGAUUGGAACUCUGCUUACGGCUACGCGUAUUCGAGAGGGACGCAUUGGAAGCGAGCGGCCAGUUAGAAAUGUGGGCUCAAGAAUUGCAAGGUCCACCUAGAGAGGGUUCUCCCGAACAACUGCUACGUGUACAUAACGAUGGUGUUGCUCAUAUGCAAAACACUGCUUUCCAGGUUCUACAACAAGGUCAAGAACUCGCUCAGGUAUUGGAACAAGCUGGUGUUUGCAUAAUGGCGGAUGGACAGCACAGUGCUGCAGCUAGGGUGCAAGUACUUUUAGAGUUUUUAAACGAAAGGGAAAUGGACGCCGAGGAUUUGGCAGAGAUGAGAAGAGUUCGAUUAGAACAGGCUUCUCAAUUGGUUCAGCUGCAGACCGAUGCUACUCACGUAGCUAGUUGGAUACGUAACGGAGAGGCGAUGCUGUUGGCAUCUCUGCGAGUUCCAGAAAAUCUUCAAGACGCCGAACAACUUCGUUUGGAACACGAACAGUUUCAAGUCGCUAUAGAAAAGACUCAUACUUCAGCCGUUCAGGUGAAACACAGAGCGGACGCGUUGGUCAGCGCGAAUCACUAUGAUCCGAAAAGUAUAAGGGAAGUAGCCGAGGAUGUAACGAAGAGAUGGCAACAGCUAGUUACCUGCGCGGAGGAGAGGCAUAAAUUAGUAACUGCUAGUAUUAAUUUUUACAAGACGGCCGAACAAGUACGUUCCGUGCUGGAUAGUCUCGAACGGGAGUACAAACGUGAUGAGGAUUGGUGCGCUUCUGGCGAUAAAGCUGGACAAGUACCGACGCUCGUUGGCAAACAUCAAGAACAGAAGGAAGCAUUUUUAAAAGCGUGCACGUUGGUACGACGAACUGCGGAAACAUUCCUCAAGUAUACGAACCGCAGUCUUCAGUUUUACAGUUACCAGGCGAAUAGCGCUGGUUCUGAGAACAAAGUUAAAAGUAUUUUGGAAGAGUUGCUAAGUAAAGAAAAUCGAGUACUCGAAUAUUGGACGCAACGUAAAAAGCGUUUGGAUCAAUGUCAUCAGUACGUUCUAUUCGAACGUAGCGCUAAGCAGGCUUUAGAGUGGAUUCGAGAAACAGGCGAAUUAUAUUUAGCCACGCACACUAACGUUGGCAAAAAUCGGAUCGAAAAUGAGCAAUUGUUGCGGGAACAUAACGAAUUCAAAGGCGCUGCAAAGGAAACGAGAGAAAGGGUAAAACUGUUGAUUCAACUUGCCGACAAUUUAGUGGAGAAAGGACACGCUCAUGCAGCGGCGAUUAAGCAGUCCGUUGCCGAGGUGGAUCAGCGAUACAAAUGUUUUAGCUCGCGUAUGGAUUAUUAUAAAACUCAAAUAGAGGAUGAUCUAGGAAUUCAAUCGGACGACGGACAGAAGGAUCUGUCGAUCGAUCGAAAUUCGGAUCCGUUGCUCGAAGAGAAGAUUAAAGGGAAAGAUCUGAAGGAAUUAAACGAGGAGAAGCGGAGAUCGGCUCGACGUAAAGAAUUCAUCAUGGCUGAACUACUACAAACGGAACGAACUUACGUGAAAGAUUUGGAGACGUGUAUUCGCUGCUUUUUGGAAGAAACGCGAUCCGGCAAAGGAAACAUUCCGUCUGGAUUGCAAGGUCGAGAAUCGAUCAUUUUUAGUAACAUGGAAGAGAUCCAUCAAUUUCAUAGUAACAUAUUUCUUCGCGAACUGGAAAAAUACGAAACUAUGCCAGAAGACGUUGGACAUUGUUUCGUAACUUGGGCACCGAAAUUCGACAUGUACGUAAUGUACUGCAAGAACAAACCAGAAAGUAAUCAGUUCUUGGUUACUCAUGGUGGAACUUGGUUCGAAGAGUUGCAAAGAAAACAUCGAGUCGAACAUCCGAUUGCUGCGUAUCUAAUUAAACCUGUUCAAAGAAUUACGAAAUAUCAGUUAUUGCUGAAAGACCUUCAGGCUUGCUGCCAAGAGGGACAGGGCGAGAUAAAGGAUGGCUUAGAAGUAAUGUUGAACGUGCCUAAGAAGGCGAACGAUGCCUUACAUUUGAGCAUGCUGGAAGGUUGCGACGUGAGAAUAGAUACGUUAGGCGACGUAGUAUUGCAGGACUCUUUUACAGUUUGGGAUCCUAAGCAGUUGAUUAGAAAAGGGAGAGAUCGUCACAUAUUUCUAUUCGAGUUUCAUCUACUGUUUAGCAAAGAGGUUAAAGAUUCAGCAGGAAAGGUUAAGUAUAUUUAUAAAAGUCGUCUGAUGACUUCUGAAUUGGGAGUGACCGAGCACAUCGAAGGGGACGAGUGCAAAUUCGCCGUUUGGACCGGUCGUGCACCUACCAGCGAUACACGGGUCGUUCUACGCGCUAAUUCGAUGGACGCUAAACAAUUGUGGGUGAAACGUUUACGCGAAGUUAUUCAGGAAACGUACUUCAGUUUGAGCAUGCCAAAAAGUCCUGCCAAGAAGAGUUCCAGUCAACGUUCCAGUAGGGAUCUCGAGGAAUGUGCUUCCCUGGACGACAGUGUUGAAAAUUUAGAUAGGAAUUCUUUGGCAUCGUUUGGAUCGACCAAUACCACAGACUCUGAUAAGACUGGCGUAGCCGAAGUGACUUGGGUUAUCGCGGAUCACUUGGCGGCACCAGGUUCCAGAGAGUUGACGGUAACAAAGGGUCAGCAGGUCGAAGUAUUGGAAAAUGGAAGUAACAUAAGCGGCGUAAACACAGCCGAAUGGACCCAUGUGCGUCUACUCGUUGCACCCGGACAAGUUGAUCCCCCACCAGAGGGAUUGGUACCUACUAGUGCGCUUAAACAACCACCGCCUGUUUCCAAUAAGACUUCGCCAUCUAGAAAAGCUCCGGCCCAACAACAGCAACAGCAACAGCAACAACAACAACAACAACAACAACAACAACAGCUAUCUAGUAAUCAGAUUCAAAGUACCUCGCCGAGCGGAAUCGUAACGGCCGUGGUAUCCUCGGCCACGAUAGGAACCGGAGGCUCGUCUUCGUGCUCAUCCUCUUCGUCUUCGUCGGUGAUCACCGGCGUACCGUCCACCGGAUAUACAGUUCACAAUGUUCAGAAUGUAGUUGCACCUCUACUGCCGGACGAAGCAGAAAAUGUUAUCGCGAGUGAUGGAAGCACCGGUACGAAUACAAGCUCUCCAGGAAACAAGAGGCGCGGCUUCAGUGGGAGAAAGUGGCUACCCCCGCCGUUACGCAAACUUAGCCAAGGUAAAGUUGAGAAAUCGAGUGGUACUACGAUUACAGCAACGCCGGGAUCGGCUGGCAUUUCUAUUCCCGCAACGGUCACCACUGCAACCACUACCACGAUCGCAACACCGACACCGCCAUCGCCGCCGCCGCCGCCACCGUUGACGUCGACGGCUACCGAUCGUUCCUCUUUGAAGAAAAACGUUUCCGAAAAGCGAUUUAAAUUGCCGAGUGGAGCUGAUCAAACUCGAGCAUCCAGAGCCUCCUCUGUCUCUAUAUCGACCUUAACGUCUGCAGCUGCGUCUAUGCGAGUAUCCGGUUCGGUAACAGACGUGGAUCUCGACACCACCGAACUUGUGCGAACGACGAUCGAAGCGGAAACAGAAGAGGAAGAAGGAGAGAUCGAACGAUCGGAAGCCGAGUUGGAAGAAGAUACGACGGAGCCCGAUGACGCGGAGACGUUGACUUACUCGGAACAAAAUGGAGCAGACGAUGCCGAAGACGAAUUGGAACUUCCACCGCCGAUGAAGCCCAUUACCGAACCGAUACUCGUAGGGACUUCUAACGGAUCCUCCAACUCUACGAUUUCAACGGAAACUGGCGGAAAAUCUCGAACGUCCGAGCGGUCGACGAAAAUUCUUGACGGUGCUACGACAGCCGACUUGGCUGAAAUCGAGCAGAUCGUAAAGGAGAGAAUGGAACAACACACGGAAAAUCUAGAGAGACAGAGCCUUAUGAGAACGCCUAGUGGUAAAAGUUCGUCGAACGUCGGGAGCGGCGGUGAAGAUACUCGCGAGGAAGAAGACUCUUUACCAACAACGAUGAGUAUCGCUAGCAUUACGAGUCCAAGCUCAAUCGCGACAACGAGCAGUCCGGCGCAUACGAAUCCAGACGAACACGAUCCGGAAAGUACGGCUCUUGCGAAACGACAGUUUGUUAUUCGAGAGUUGGUGGAGACGGAAAAGGAUUACGUAAAUGAUUUGAAACAAAUAGUCGAAGGGUAUAUGGCGUUUAUGCGAGAUCCUGAAUGUGAGAUUUCGUUACCUGAUGAUUUGCGCGGUGGAAAAGACAAGAUGGUAUUUGGUAAUAUAGAGGCGAUCUACGAAUGGCACAGAGAUUUCUUUCUGAAAGCUUUGGACCGUUGUUUGGAACGUCCCGAAGAACUUGGCCCAUUGUUCAAACGGUACGAAAGAAAAUUGCACAUGUAUGUGGUGUAUUGUCAGAAUAAACCAGUCUCCGAGUACAUCGUCUCCGAGUAUAUUGACACUUAUUUCGAGGAGCUGAGACAAAAGCUCGGACACCGAUUGCAAUUGUGCGAUCUUUUGAUAAAACCAGUUCAGAGGAUCACGAAAUACCAGCUUCUUCUUCGAGAGGCAUUGAGACUUACCGAACGAACUCAAAGAGUUGCCGAAAUUGAAGGUCUUAGAGCUGCGGUUCAUGUGAUGCGUGUCAUUCCAAAAGCGGCCAAUGACAUGAUGGAUGUUGGCAGGCUCCAAGGCUUCGACGGAAAGAUAACAGCGCAAGGGAAGUUGUUGUUACACGGACCUCUUUUAGUAACAGAGUUAUCCAAUUUACCGAGCAAAGGAAGAGAGUGGCAAGUCUUCCUUUUCGAGCAAAAUAUUAUUUUCAGCGAAGCUGUUGGCAAGAAAACGCAAUUUACAAAUCCCGCCUAUAUUUACAAGGCUCAUAUUCAGGUGAAUAAGAUGAGCCUGGAAGAAUGUUACGAGGACCCAGAAAAGUUUGUGAUUCGAUCGACGGAUCCUCGGAAGCCUAGCCUUGGAUUUUCUUGUAUCGCAAUCGAAGAGAACGGGCCGCGAAAGCAGGACUGGGUGGACACGAUCACUGCCAUCCUGCAAACUCAACGCGACUUUCUCAAAGCGAUACAGUCGCCUAUUGCCUACCAAAAGGAACUUACCAAAGAUCCAUUUCGUGGCGUGAGUCCGGAAUCACCGUGUCGAGGAGGUGUACUUUCAACGAUACCACCGAACCUGUCCAACACAAGCGAGGAGGAAAGAAACGAAAUGACAGCUAUCCGUGCCGCUGGUAAAGCAUUUGCUGCGACAACCACAUCGAUAACAACGAUAUCGCAACAGUCUCGCACUGGUGCACGAUCGGAUCAGGAUUCUUUGCAAACGCCAAGCCCUAGCAAAAGCAGAUUGAACUUUCUCGAGGGAUUCAAAAGCAGCCUUCGGCCUCGAUCACCUGUGCGCAACAAUUCUAUCCCGAUCGUUCCAGGUAGCAGAGUAAGAUUAACCGCGGAUUGGGGCAAGUUACGAGCCGGAGAAGAAGUGGAGAUCUGUCGGCCGGACGGUCCGGGAGUGAUCGUGUCUCGAAUAGUUGGCAAGAUGGAGGAAUUCUGGAUUCCGGCCAGUCUCGUUCCAAAUUCGUCGAUCAGCCGCGCAUGGUCUUUUCGACCGCGAAGAAUUGAUUCCGAGGGAGAGAGCGUCCAUCUUCCGCAGGAUGUACACGCGGAAGAGAACGGUCCUCCCACGAUCUUGACUAUUCCGUGUUCGAUCAGGGCGACGGCCGGCGGAGUGGCUCGACUCGUGCUGGAGGCACGACGCGUCGAACGUGCAACCGUCCGGUGGAGGAAGGAGGGACAACGAUCUAAUAUCGAGCCAACCGAUCGAUAUCGACUUUUCCGAACGUCCGAUUCUCUUUGUCUCGAAAUUGCACCUUGCCUGCCAUCCGACUCCGGGAUUUACCACUGUCGCGUCGAACACGAAACGGGCUCUUGUUCGGCGAAAAUUCCACUUCGCAUCGUAGGUAUCAAUACGAACGCUUGGUGCGAUACGAUCGAAGGUAAUCGAUCGGACGAAUCAAGCAGUAACAACAACUCAUCUUCGACGAUCGUUGCGCGUUCCAAUUUCACAAGCAAUGCGACGAAAGAUCGAAAGAUGGAAAGUGAACGUUUUACCGACAGAUACAUAGAACUGGAGGAAUUAGGAAACGGAAGAUUCGCUAAAGUAUGCCGUGCAAGGGAGAAGGGAUCCGUCCGAGAAGUGGCCCUGAAACAAAUAUCCAGAGUAAGGCAACGGGUCUCGCUGACACGUGCCGAGUACGAUUUUCUUCGAGCAACUCGUCACGAUAAUAUCGUGAAAGCGUUGGCUCUCUUCGAGGAUCUACCCCAACCGGGUGUCGACACCAUAGUUUUGGAACUGGUAAACGGUCCAACAUUGUUCGGCCAUCUCGGUGAAAAGAACGAGUACACGGAAGCGAUCGUUGCCAAGUAUACCGGGCAAUUACUAUCGGCGUUGCAGUGGUUGCAUGCGCGUAAACAAGCUCAUUUGGAUCUGAAGCCAGAAAAUGUUUUGAUCGACAACGAAACCGAUACCGUCAAGUUGAUUGAUCUCGGUGAAGCUGUUAGAGCAGCACCGCUCGACGAGGUCCGUCCACCGGCCGAUUUGGAAUUUGCCGCUCCGGAAUCGGUUCUCGGUAAACCGACAGGCUCUUAUACGGACAUGUGGGCUGCCGGAGUUUUCAUUUACGUGCUUCUCAGUGGACUUUCACCCUUCUUGGACGAUUCCAUUGAAGAAACUACCGCUAAUAUAUUGAAGUGUGACUUUUGUUUUCCCGACGAAUACUUUCAAGAAAUAUCAGAGCAAGUUAAGCGUCUGCUCGACAAACUACUCCGUUUACGCGGAGAAGACAGAACGACCGCUGAAAUUUCCUUAUCGUCAGCAUGGUUUCAGGUACCGAUCGGUGCUACGAUCCCUUCUUCUCGAAUGGCUGCCUUUAUCGAUCGUCGAGCGCAUCGAUCAAAAUCUCGUCAGGAACGAAACAGUAGUUUUUAUUCUUAAACCUGUAUCUCGUUCACAUAUUAUUAUGUAUAUGUCUAUAUCUAUCUCUAUCUCUAUCUAUGUAUAUAUUCAUUAACGAAUCAUUUUUUGUAAAAGCUUUUUUUCUGCGAUCGAAUUGAGGAAAUUGAGGAAAUUGAGGAAAUUGAGUAAAUAAAAAGCAACGAGCUUACUCGCGCUUGUCCAUAAUAUUAUUCUCGAAUAAAGAAUGAAUCAACGUGAAAA